AUGGUGAUGAUUGGCAACCUCAUACGAUUUAGUAGAAGGCAGCUUCACACAAUAGUCUCAAGAGAAAUCAUCAAACCCUCUUCUCCAACCCCUUCCCACCUCAAAACUUACAAUCUUUCACUGAUUGAUCAAAUCGUACCCACCCUAUUUGCACCAAUAGUCACAUUCUAUCCAAACACCGGUAUAUAUCGUGAUAAAACAACUCUUGACCUCAAGAACUCUUUAUCACAAACAUUAACAAAAUACUACACUUUCGCUGGUAGGAUUAAUGCGAAAGUGUCACCAUCCUAUGUAAAUUGCAACGAUAAAGGAGCAGAGUUCCUUGAAGCAACUAUCGAUACAACGCUCUCGGAUUUCCUUCAAAACUCAAAGCGUGAAGAUCUCGACCAAUUCUUUCCACAUGGUCUAGUAAAUUAUAACUCCAACCAUGGAGAUGAUCAAGAUCUUCAAAGCGAUGAAGUGACACCAUUGGAGGUUCAGGUCAACCAUUUUGAAUGUGGAGGAGUAGCAGUGGCAGUAUCGUUAUCCCACAAGGUUGCAGAUGGAAGUAGUUUGUUUCAUUUCCUGAAUGAUUGGGCUAAAAUAACACGAUUUGGGUCAACAGCAGAGAAACAUGAAAUCAUCACUGACCCCGAGUUUAUUCAGUUUCAAUACAUGAACGUAAAGUCUAAGGGGUUAGUCCUUGAGAGAUCGGAUGAUUGUGUCACAAGAAGCUUCGUGUUCCCCAACUCAAAGAUAAACGAGCUUAAACUCGAAGUCAAAGCCAUGACUGCAGAAUCUGGAGAACCCAUUACAAACCCUACUCGAGUCGAAGUUUUGACUUGGUUACUUUACAAGUGUUCAGUGGAAGCAGCUAAGAGAAAUAACUCAGGCUCUUUCAUACCCAUUGGUGUUGGCCUCAUAAUAAACCUAAGAAGCAAUAUGAUCGAGAAGCUUCCUGCAAAGACUAUUGGAAAUUUUGUCUUACCCAUGGAGAUUCUUACAAAGAACGAAAGUGAAAUGAACCCGAAGUCAUUCAUUAGUGAGCUCAGGAAACAAAAGAUGCAAUUUCAAGCGAUAAGAAAUAUAGAAACUGCCUUUGGUAUUCUGUUGGAAAAAGAUUUAGAAGAAGACCUAAAAAAACAUGCUGCCGUUUAUAUCUGUUCAAGCUUGUGUGGAUAUUCUGCAUAUGAUAUUGAUUUUGGGUGGGGAAAGCCCAUACAAGCAACCCAUGCUGGAGAUCUAAGAAAAGAUAGCUUUAUUCUGAUGGAUGCUCCGAACGGAGAUGGUAUUGAAGCACUCGUGUGUUUGGGAAAUCAAGACAUGGACAUUCUACAAAGUGAUCCUGAACUUCUUAACUUUUGCUAG